AUGCAAAUAGCAUCCCCUAAGAAACAGGAUUCUCGUGAUAUCGAUAAUGAAGUCAAGCUCAAGCUCACAAAAUACAUGAAAGAUAUAUCUCGAUCACUUUUGCGUGCAAUAGAGGCUAAACAUAAUAUUUCGAGUGCAUUUGGGAGCGAUCUCACGAGGUACGGUUUCUAUCAGGAAUUAUCAUUUGUGCGUAGUGCUGAACUACAGGAAGCAAAAAAGUUGUUUUAUGGCGCUAUCAUCAAGCACCUAAGAGAUGAGGUUGAAUUACGUGGCCUGAUCAAGAAUGAACCGGAGCAUGAUCUCCUUAGGAAAAUCAAGCUGCAACUCAUCAAUUUGGAUCGGGAUAUGUUUGCGAUGAAACAGCAACUGGCCUUAUACAACAUGGUAAAGAAGCGCUCCGAGGGUGACCGGACUGCAGCACAUCAACUAGAUGAGGAAUCCACCGACUACCAAAAGGCAGUAGUACGCAGGAAUCACGCAAAGAUGGUACUUGCUAUCCAGGCGAUGUUGAGACACCACAACAUUGCUACAACACGCAUAGUAAAGAAACUGCGCAAUAAGAAGGACACCAUAGAAAAGGCAAUUGAAAACACGAGAACCGAUAUCGAAAGGUACGCUGAGCUGCUUCUUAAUAUGAUAAAGAAGUUAACGAAUUAUGCUGAUGUAACGAGGCCCGUUGGUGAAAACGCAUUUAUAGCGAAGACAGUUACUGAACCAACCGUACAAGUUACAGAAACGGUACUUCUUAUUAAGGAAGAUGCCGAAAAGGACACUGAAGAAGAGGCCGAAGAAAAGGUUGGCCUCCCUGAAUCAGCUGUUGAGGAAGCUAAAGAAGAAGUUGAAGAGUCUGUGGAACAAGUUGUUGAAGAAGUAGCUAAAGAAGUUGAAGGGUCUGUUGAAAAGGUGCUUGAGCAAGCAGCUAAAGACGAAGUCGAGGAGGUACCUGAAGAGGCUAUGGAAAAGACUGUCCCUGUACAAGAUCAAUCUGAACCUAUAACCAUGGAAGAACAGCCCAUCGUGGAGCAAUCAGCUGAGGUGUUAGAAGCCGAUGGUAAAGUAGUCUUCACAGACAUGCGAAGCGAUGAUUACCUGAGCACAGAGGGAGAGUCAAUGGAUGAGACAGAACUGGGGUCCGACAUCUCUGACACACUUGUAUCCCCAGAGAGAGACGUUGAAAAUCUGGCACCUUCACCUACCAUCUGCAGUAUAUCUCAACCCAUUGAAUCACACAUUAGCGAGGAUACUACUGUCCCCAUGAAAAAUGAAAGUGGUACAGGAGCAACAGAUGAAACCCAUGUAACAACGCAUCCAUUCACUGAUGAAGAUGUCGUGAAUCAAACCGAUAUGGAGGCUAUUACCACCCAUCAAUCUACUGAAGAAACGGAAGCGAGCAUAACUAAUGCGCAGAUGAUACAAAGUACCAAUGAUGAUGAAUCUUCCGCUGAACGUCAAGAUGGCGCCUCUGAAUUGGAGACAGUUCAGUUGUCCAUGGAAGCUUCUAGUAAAGUUGAAGAAUCACAAGUAGAAGUCACUUCAGAGCCCAAAGGAAAAAUGGUUCACAAGAGAUUGAUAUCCAUAUCAUCACAGCCCACUGUGGACUCCACCAGUAAUAUGGAUUUGUCGGAUGGGGACAUGGAUGUUUUAGACAUUGUAAACCAUGUCGAUGAAGUUAACGAAGACGUUAAGGUGGAAGAUGAGGCAGGGGCUGAUGAUCUUCCCGAAAGGGGAGAUGAAGAGGUUGCUGAUGCUGUGGAGAUGGAGUUAACCAGAGACGUUGCAGAAGAGUUGGUAGCUGAUGCUCCCCAAAGUAUGACCGAGGCAAGAGAUAUAGAUGCCAAUGAAGAAGCUGCCAUUGAAGUCCGCGAUUACACUCAGGAGAUAGGUGAGGAGGAAGAAUCCAUUGGUGAUAUUGUCACUGUACCUGAAGUAGCAGAAGACAGUGUUAACCGAGUUAUGAAGGAGGAUACUGAUAUACCCAAGGAUGAUGGCGAUACUGCUGCAACUGAAGAUAUUGUGGAAUCAGUGGAGCCUCAACCCAUAAUGCUCAGUGCCCCAGGAAAAAGUGGUGCCACCCAACACAUCUCAGAAACUAGUUUCACAACAGAGACACCAUCAAAUGAAGCAGAAGAACCAUCAUAUAGAGCUGUUGUCAGUAGUACUGGUGAAGAAUACGUUCCAGAAAGUGGAAUACCACAGAAACAGGAACCACAGAUAGGUGUUGAUCAGGACAUAGACUCUGUGCCAACUUUUGUUAAGGAAAGUGAACAUAUAGUGAAGGAAGACGUAAUAAGUUCUGAAAACCCAGGCGAAAGUCUAGCGAGAGACAAAAUCCGCGGCGACAUCGAAGUAUCUAGUAUAUGGGCAGACAUUCGUACUCUCAAGGCUGAUGUCGCUCUCCUCGCACGACGCCUCGAAAAUAUUGACCGCCACCUUAUGUCAUACGUACCAUACAUCCCUCUAGAUACAAGUUCAGUUGCGGAUGGCGUCCAAACGGAUGUAAUGCACCCUGCGCCUAGUUUGGAGAAAGAGGAGAUGAAUGUACAAGAUCAAGAGACGCUGAUAAAUACUCGUUCAGCUGUCGAUUCCGAACAACUAGAAACAAGUAAUGAUGAAGAGAAACCAGUUGAUUCGCAAGUUGAAUCUCCCCAAGCUGAAAAAACCGAGUUGGAAGAUGAGCAACAACUCUUCAUGGGUGAAGGUGAGAUGCCACUUGUUGACAAGGUAGAAGUUGAGGUAAUAAUAGGCACAAUACGCCUGGAUGAGCUUAAUCUUGACAAAGAUGACGGAGAAGAAAAUGAAAUACCCGAAGAUGAAAAUGCCCAAAUACUCCGAGCAACUGACCAAACAUUGGGGAGUGGGGCGGAUGCCGAGAGAGAGGCGUCGCAAAACUUGGGAGAUGAUCACGAGUCUCCAAAUGUAAAUUUCGAUGUAGAAAGCCAAGAAAGAACUUCCAAGCCAACAGUGGACUCACCAGCUGAUAUCCAGACCGGUGAUGCUGCUGUUGAAGAAUCUCGGGAAUCAGAGGAAAUAGGUGAUCUCGGCAAAGUAAGUGUAGAGAAUGAGGACGUCACAACACAGCCAUCACCUUACAACGACGAAAACAUCACCACACAACCUGAUGGCGAAUCAUACCCGGAAGAUAAAUGUUUACCAACCGAGACCCAGAUCGAUUCAUCCCCCCUAACUCAAGCGGAAGAAUCAUCCAACCCCUCGCAAGCAUUUGUAGAAUCUCCAGAGCGCAUACACCGUGAUCUUGACGUGACAAUUGAGAUAACUGUUGAGCCUGUGACUAUUGAAAUUGACCUCCUGGCAGAUGAAGGUUUUGCAUCGGAUGAAAACGAAGCCAUUGCAGUGACAAAAGAGAAUGUAACAGACGAAGUACGUGAAUCGGAGCCAUGCAUUGGGGAGAAUCAAACGAAUCUACUGUCAGAAAACUCAAAAGAAGCUGAAAAUCAUGAAACUAUCGAGGAAGCCAUUUCCGAAGAUGCUGGCUUAACCGACCGGGAUUCUUCGAAAAAAAUGUCUGAAAAUCUGGAUUCUGCAACCGUAGAGAACUCUGAUUCUUCUCCUUUAACAGAAAUGCCUGAUGUCAUACCACUUCCCCAAAUUAAGAUCGAGUUAACAGUGGUAGAUGAUGCUGGGGUCAAUGAAGCCAGCACAGAUGACAGUGCACGGGAACAGAAUAUUGACGCCACUGAGGAAGGCCUUGAUGCUGCGCUAGAUAAAGAAGUAUCUGACGACUUGUUGUUCUUGGAAGCCUAUGAAGCACUAUUGGAAAAGGCCAAAUUGGAUGAAGCAACAUUGGAAGAGACUAUUAAUGACGAGAAAUUUUUGAGGGACCUGGAAGAGCUUUACACCCUUCUAAAUCAGGAUGGAGAUUAUCUGUAUGGUGAAUCCAACGACGAGGUAGGGGCUUCUGCAGUGAACCCAGAGGUUCGUGAGGAAAUUGAUUACGACAUCAGGGCUUCAAAACACCACGCAAAGCCCGAUGCAUUCACGUAUUCCCGCACAAUUAUAGGCGAGUAUGUGCCUCCCAAAAUGGAAUCCGCUGAGAACGAAGAUUCAAAAUUGAUGUCACAUUUGGACGUGAAAACACCAACAGAGGCGGCAGUAAGAGGUGCAGAGGCACUUAACGUGGGCGGUCUUCGUUUAUUCUUUGGAAUGUUCGCCCCCCUGCCAGAGGUUUCAUCAUCAACAGACUACGAGACAAUGCAAAAGCAGCACGAAUUGUUCAAACAGUUCCAGCUUUUCCUGAGCCAGCCCACAGGGAACAGAAGGUAG